AUGUUUAACUCAGUGAAUCUAGGAAACUUCUGUUCUCAAUCGCGUAAAGAGAGGAGUGCUGACUUUGGAGACAGAGCAGGUUGCGCUUCCAAUCUCUACCUCCCUAGCUGCACCUAUUACGUCCCAGAAUUUUCAACUGUGUCAUCUUUCUUGCCACAGGCCCCCUCUCGCCAAAUCUCCUACCCUUAUUCCACUAACCUCUCGCAAGUGCAGCCAGUUCGAGAGGUCUCCUAUGGUCUAGACCCCUCUAGUAAAUGGCAUCAUAGAAGCAAUUACGCAUCGUGUUAUUCCGCGGAAGAUCUGAUGCAUAGAGAGUGUAUCCCGCCUUCCACCAUGACCGAAAUGCUAAUGAAAAACGAAAGCGUGUACAGCCACCACCAUCCCAGCUCUAACCAUCCUGCAUCUACGGGAUUCUACUCCAGCAUGAACAAAAACAGUGUCCUGCCCCAGGGCUUUGACCGGUUCUUCGAAAAUGCCUACUGCGGGACAGAGAACCCGCCUGAGAACUGUCUGCAGAAAAGCGAGAGCAAACUGGAAUCCGACUCCCAGCCCAGUGCACUAUCAUCCCGCGGAGAGCAAGGCAUAGACCCGGAAGACGAAGAGGAAAACACAAAUCCAGGGUCUUCAGCCUCGUCUUCUUCUGUCAACAAGGAAGGAAGCAAAAACAGCAACUCGAGUGCUCCCCGUACAAGAAAGAAGAGAUGUCCCUAUUCGAAAUUCCAGAUCAGAGAGCUGGAGAGAGAAUUUUUCUUCAAUGUCUAUAUAAACAAAGAAAAAAGGCUUCAGUUGUCCAGGAUGCUAAAUCUCACUGAUCGACAGGUUAAAAUUUGGUUUCAGAACAGAAGAAUGAAAGAAAAAAAAUUAAGCAGAGACCGCCUGCAGUAUUUUUCUGGAAAUCCCUUAUUGUGA